GAACGGCAGGCGGGCUCGGAGCAUGCGGAGCGGCGCCCCGGGCGGCCCCCGGGCUUGGAAGAGGGCACAGGCGAGGCGCGCGGGCGUCGGGGACCCAGAGCUGCUGGAGACUGGUGCCUGGCGCAGCGACGUACUACUGUGACUCGGGGAUCACAGAGAGCCAGCUCCAGGCCAGGAGGCCCGGCCCGCCCGCUUCUCUGACCAGACGGCCCGCACGGCCCGGCGGGGAGGCGCUCAUGUGGGACUGUGCGGCGCGGUGAGGACGCGCGGGGGCGGGCGGGGGCGCAACCGGCACGAUGUCCAUGCUGCCCACCUUCGGCUUCACGCAGGAGCAAGUGGCAUGCGUGUGCGAGGUGCUGCAGCAGGGCGGCAACAUCGAGCGGCUGGGCCGCUUCCUGUGGUCGCUGCCCGCCUGCGAGCACCUACACAAGAAUGAAAGCGUGCUCAAGGCCAAGGCCGUGGUGGCCUUCCACCGCGGCAACUUCCGCGAGCUCUACAAGAUCCUGGAGAGCCACCAAUUCUCUCCGCACAACCACGCCAAGCUGCAGCAGUUGUGGCUCAAGGCGCACUAUAUCGAGGCAGAGAAGCUGCGCGGCCGACCCCUGGGCGCUGUGGGCAAGUACCGCGUGCGCCGCAAGUUCCCGCUGCCGCGCUCCAUCUGGGACGGGGAGGAGACCAGCUACUGCUUCAAAGAAAAAAGUCGCAGCGUGCUGCGCGAGUGGUACGCGCACAACCCCUACCCUUCACCCCGCGAGAAGCGUGAGCUGGCGGAGGCCACGGGCCUCACCACCACGCAGGUCAGCAACUGGUUCAAGAACCGGCGGCAGCGCGACCGGGCGGCUGAGGCCAAGGAAAGGGAGAACAGCGAGAACUCCAGUUCCAACAGCCACAACCCACUGGCUUCCUCGCUGAAUGGCAGCGGCAAGUCGGUGUUAGGCAGCUCGGAGGAUGAGAAGACUCCGUCCGGGACACCAGAUCACUCGUCGUCCAGCCCCGCGCUGCUGCUCAGCCCUCCACCGCCACCAGGGCUGCCGUCCCUGCACAGCCUGGGCCACCCUCCGGGCCCCAGCGCGGUGCCAGUGCCGGUGCCGGGUGGAGGCGGCGCAGACCCACUGCAACACCACCACAGCCUGCAGGACUCCAUCCUCAACCCCAUGUCGGCCAACCUCGUGGACCUGGGCUCCUAG